GUGAGCUAGCCGAGCCUGGCUAACUCAAAAUAUGAAGAAUUCAGGGGACACGCACCGAAAAGGACAUUAUGAUGGACCCCUCACGCUAGGACACUUAUUAAACUAUUAUUCCGUUUGUUUAAUAUUGAAAUCUCACUCUGGAUUUCAUCAAUAAGAGCUCAUUUGUUUCUCUAUUAGCAUGCUAGGCUAAUAUUGACGUUUUUGGUUCAAAUAUAAAUAUUCCUAGUGCUGAUCAGUUUUACUUUUUGCUUUUACUGAAUCGUUUUAGUCGUGGCUAACCGGGAACAGUUUUGGAAGAAUUUUGAGCAGUUUUGUGAAGUUUAUAGAUAGCGUUGUGUUGAAGCCGCGGAUGGAGCCGGGGGACCAGCGUGAGAGCCCCGCCGGGUCAGGGGAGUCUGACACCGGCGAGUGGAGGGAAGCGAGCCCCGUUGGAAACCCGGAGGAAGGGAAAGGGGCUGAAACCGGCGAAACAUCAACAGAAGCGGGGAUAAAAGAAGAGGAUGACCGCUCCAAAGUGAAAAGUCCCGGGGAGAGAGUGCAGAGUCCGUACGAGGAGGAGCUGGACCCGAGGAUCCAGGACGAGCUGGAGCAGCUGAACGAGGCCAGUGCUGAGAUCAACAAACUGGAGCUGCAGCUGGACGAUGCGCGCUCCAACUACAGGAAGAUCCUCACGGAAUCUGCCCGGAAACUCAACGCUCAGAGCUCUCAGCUGGGCUCGUGUAUCGAGAAGGCACGGCCGUACUACGAGGCCCGCAGACUCGCCAAAGAGGCGCAGCAGGAGACCCAGAAGGCCGCUCUUCGUUUUGAGCGAGCCGUGUCGAUGCACACAGCAGCGCGUGAGAUGGUUUAUGUGGCUGAACAGGGACUGAUGGCCGACGGGAAGAAUACGCUCGACCCAACCUGGCAGGAGAUGCUCAACCACGCCACGGGGAAGGUGAACGAGGCAGAGGAGGAGCGGCUCCGCAGUGAGAGGGAGCACAUGAGAGUGACUAAAGCCUGUCAGGAGGCAGAGGCUCGGGUCCAGACGCUGCAAAAGUCCCUCAAAAAAGCCAUCAUCAAAUCCAAACCGUACUUUGAACUCAAGGCUCAGUUCAACCACAUCCUGGAGGAACACAAGACGACGGUGCUGCAGUUAGAGGAGGCUGUGUCUAAAGUGAAGACACGUUACUCUGUGGCUCUGAGGAACCUGGAGCAGAUCAGUGAGGAGAUCCACGCUCAGAGAGGCACCAGAGUGACCUGCCCCAGCCUGAGGAGUCCCCCCGUGGGAGCAGAGGCGAGUGGAGAGAACGGAGGGAGGGAGAGGGGCGCCUGCGGAGGGGCCGACCAGCUGGACGUGGUGUCUGCGAUGGAGCUGGUGGAGAGGUACAGGGAGAGGGAGAGAGAGCGCUGCGGCUCCGACUCGGUCUCUGUGUUCAGCCUCCAGACCAUCGCCUCCGACUUGGAGCGAUACGACUCUGUGGACCACCUGGGCGACCUGAGCGACGUGAGCAGCAUGACGGGGGAGGAGAGGGAGGGGGAGAAAGGGAGGGAGGAGGAGAGGAGAGACAGGGCCAGUGAUAUACGGAAACAAGAGUUCAGCAAGACUCAUCAUAGAAGCUUUAGUCUGUGA